GAUUCAUGUCCGCUGAAACACACGCUGUUGCCACUGUCUUUAGCAACUUUAAAUUGUGUUUGUUCCUCUCUCAGACAACCUGAGAGCUGUUUUUGCUGAGCAUUUUGGCCACUCUUGAAGAUAGCAAAGGGAACUCAGAACCAUUCUUCAUAAAAGGAAAAAAAAAAAAAAAAAGUGAGCUUGAAUAUGGAUGUAAUGACAGACAUGGAGCAAAGUUGAAGCAUCAGUGGAUUAACUUUGAGUUUCUGCACAGAGAUUUCAAUGUUGAGAUGGCUACCUUAUCAAUAUUAACUGGAAAGUGUGGAACUCUAAGAGAAGGCACAGAUCAUGGCUUUGAAUCCACCUCAUCUCUAUAUUAUUGCAAGGACUUUUCUGCUAGCUAUUUAUUUGGAACUUCAUUUAGAGCAGAAAAGAGAAGUUUGUCCAAGGCUUUGGAAGGUUCUAUGAUUAGUAGCAGAAACAGGUUUCAUGUAACUGCAAAAGUCAGAAAGGGGAAGAAGCAUGAUUAUCCAUGGCCAGAUGAUAUCGAUCCAAAUAUCACCACCAGUCACUUGGCUUUCCUUUCUUACUUCAAGCCUCUAACUGAGAAACCAAAACCAGUCACGCUUCCUUUUGAAAAGCCUCUGGUUGAUCUAGAGAAAAAGAUUACUGAGGUACGCAGGAUGGCUGAUGAAACUGGUCUAGAUUUUAGUGAUCAAAUUGGUGCUUUGGAAAGCAAGUAUGAACAGGCUCUCAGAGAGUUAUAUACACAUUUGACACCCAUCCAACGCCUAACUAUCGCUCGACAUCCUAACAGACCAACAGUUCUUGACUAUAUAUUGGCUAUCACAGAUAAGUGGGUGGAACUUCAUGGAGAUCGCGCUGGCUAUGAUGACCCCGCUAUUGUAACGGGUGUUGGCAGCAUGGAUGGUAAGACCUACAUGUUUAUAGGCCAUCAGAAAGGUAGGAACACAAAGGAGAACAUUGCACGCAACUUUGCAAUGCCAACUCCUCAUGGUUAUCGAAAAGCUUUGCGUAUGAUGAAAUACGCUGAUCAUCAUGGUUUUCCUAUUAUAACAUUUGUUGACACACCUGGGGCCUUCGCUGAUCUUAAAUCCGAGGAACUUGGUCAAGGUGAAGCAAUAGCCCAUAACUUGAGGACAAUGUUUGGCCUUAAUGUUCCCAUAGUAACAGUUGUAACAGGUGAAGGUGGUUCAGGAGGAGCUCUUGCCAUUGCUUGUGCCAAUAAAUUGUUUAUGCUAGAGAACUCUGCUUUCUAUGUUGCAAGUCCUGAAGCAUGUGCUGCAAUAUUGUGGAAAUCUUCCCAAGCUGCUCCUAAGGCAGCAGAAAGACUCAGGAUAACAGCUCAAGAACAUUACAGGCUUAAAAUUGCGGAUGGUAUAAUUCCUGAGCCUCUUGGUGGUGCACAUAAUGAUCCUUUGUGGACCUCCCAACAAAUUAAGCUUGCAAUUACCAAGGCCAUGCAGGAAUUGGCGAGUAUGGAUAAAAAAGAGUUGCUCAACCACCGCAGGCUCAAAUACAGGUCAAUUGGAGGCUUCCAAGAAGGCAUUCCAGUGGACCCAGAGAAGAGACGCAACAUGAAGCCAUCAGACAACAACAUGUCAAAGACUGCAGAUAUUGAGUCAGAGCUUGAGAGUUUAAAGAAGGUUAUUGAAGAUGGACCUUCAAAUCCGGCUACCAUCCAAGCAAUUGAGAAACUCAAGCAAGAUGUAAACCUGGAGAUUAACAGAGUAUUUAUUUCGAUGGGCUUGCAAGAAAAGCUUGCAUUGAUUAAGUCAGAGUUAUCCAAAGCCCCUAAUCUGCAUGAUCAUCCCCCUAAUCAAAACUUAGAGGAGGACAUAGAUGAGAUCAUGCAGGAAUUCAAAAAGAACUUGUCACGACCGGGGGCUUAUCUUGGGUUGAAGUACAAGCUUGGGAAGUUAAAAUUGGUUAGCAGGCUUAUUGAGAUUAAAGAAAAGGGUGAGAAACUGAUGGCAGAGAUUAAUCAGAAAGUUCAUCCUGAGAUCAAAGAAAAAAUGGACCUUCUGAAGAAUGCUCGGGAAAAAUUGGUAAGAGGGGAUUCCAUGAACAAAGAUUUAAUAGAGGAAGUGGAGAGAGCAAAGAAAGAUCUAGAGGAGGUUCUCAGGUCAGCUAACUUGAAUAUUGUUGGGGUGACAAAGAGAAAGGUCGCCACUUCAUCUCCAGAUUUAAGAAAGAAGAUAGGAGAUUUGAACGAAGAGAUUGGCCAGGAUAUUGAGAGAGUAAUAAAUGAAGGAGGACUUGGUUGCAAACUUAGGGAGUUGAAGGUGGAGAUAACAAAAGGCUCAAGUGCAAAAGAUGUAGAAAAACUGAAAGCAGAGAUAAAGGAGGGGAUUCUUGCUGCUUUGGAUGUCACGGCAUUAAAGGAAAAGGUUGACAAUCUCAGAAAGGAGUUGUCAUCCUCAACAGGAAGUGUUACUGAAGGUAAGGUUGGUGACGAAAAUGGCAGAUGGUGAAAGAACUUACUUUCCCACAGAGAGAAUUACAGCAUAUGAUAACACAGCUGCUUGAGGUCAUAGAUGCUAUCUAGCGUUUCUUGUAUUCAAUAAUUAUACCAUCCUGUUGGUUAUUACAAUCAAGUCGAAAAGAUGAGCUCAUAAUCGUUUUGAAAAAAGUGAAUAAAACAUGAUAUCCACAUGAAAAAAAAGAAAAAAUUAAUUUUUUAAUA